AAGAGUCGCAUUCCGUUAUACACCUCGUUGAUUGGUCGCCGCCGCCGUUGAGCCUUCACAGGCUUCGAAACGAAACAGUGUAAAAGUUAUUUUAGAAAGUUGGUUGUGUAAAGUGUGCUCAAGAAAUUAAAUAUUUGCCAAAAUGAGAACAGUAUAGGGCAAGAAAAUGUCUCGAUUCGCUUGCUUCUUGGCCUUGGCUGGCGCCGCUUCAGCGCAACUCACGUUGGACGGUAUCAGGUGCGGCCAGCUCACAUGCCAGCUGGAGGAGUACUGCUCCCCGGAGACCAACCGCUGUGCGCCAUGCAGCAUCGUCUGCAACACAACUCACCAUAACCACGACUCUGGACUUUGCGUCAAGGAAUGUCAAGGGUACUUGCUUGACUUGAGAUAUCAGCGCAAAUCACAAGAGACCGGCCCUCCUUCAGACAUAUCUAGUGUGCAGCGGCAAGCUCAGACUGCGUUGAUAAUAAGUUGCGUCGCUCUCGCCGUGUUGUUGAUCGUCUUGAUCAUCGUGUGUCGAGGGAGGCUAUCGUGGCGUUACAUCAAACAAAAACUACAACCGUCGAAGAAUCGUGUCAAGCAACAGCCGACUGAUCUGACUCAUUACAAUCCGCACGCCGAAAUGCCAAAGCCGAAGCCUGAGCUUAAAUUGGAAAUACGAAAUCCCGACCCACCGAAACGUCAAAACCAACAGCCGCUCAACGCCAAGGACCUAGACACUAGAACACAGACAGAAAAGAGCCAAGGUGCUACGACUCCAAAAACUAUAAGCACUGCACUGAGUAACCGACACCCGGCAGAAGACACUACGUUAGAUUUUUCAUACGAUAAUAUGGGAAUGAAUGUAACCCCUCCCGAACAAGCGGCCGGACAUAGAUUUUAAGACGCUUGUGAGUAAAAUUGAUAUGUUAAUAUACUACCACAUUAAAAUAAAUAUAAGAAUCGACUAGUAUAGUGAUUUGAAGUAUUUUCGCCAUUAUGGUCUGAUGGUCAAAACGUGAUUGUAGUAUCUAUAAAACGCGUAUAAAAAGUCAAAAAACAUAGUUCGCAAAGUUUUUAAUUAAAUAUAAUAUUGAUUGAGUGGUAGGUAAUAAAUAUUCAAAUAAUAUGCUUCUAAUACGCCUUCAGUAAUAAGAUUGGAAAAACAAUAACGACCGUAUACCUACAUUUUUUUUGGUCAUUUAUUUUCUACGUUAAAAAUUAUUAUUAAGUAUAAACUUGUUGAUAGGAUGGUGAUUUCUCGAAGAUAUUUUACAAAAGUAUCGUUUAGAUAAGUAUUUUAUGAAUUCUUUUGGUUGCGGAAAUAUUUUUCUCAAGGGCCAGCACAAAAUGAGAGGCACACUUUUGUAAAGAUAUCUCCCAUUUUGUUAUAUUAAAUAAAACAAUUUUCUUAUAACUUGUAUUAAAUAUUUAAUCAAAAUAAUUUAAUGUACACGAAAUCACACGUAUGAUAAGUCUAUAUGAAACAUACAAAGUUAUGUUAACCAUAGCACAUAUUAUGUACGCGAGUCGCUCUGUCCACUGUGGCUCUAACAAUGGAAUCUACUUAACUCAUUAGCACAAUUACAGAACUCAGUUCAAUACCUACAUAACAAUAAGAUAUCAAUUAUCAAACUACCAAGCUACUUGAGGAUAAUUAAUUAACAUUGUUAUCACUAAGAAUCAUAAUAGGAAAUUGAGUUAUCAUUACACAAUGCAUAAGCUAUUAUUUGGCUUAAUUUAUCUUACUUACUUCUAAAGUGUGGUAAAUUAAUUCAAUGUAAUUUUAAUUAGUAACAGUAACUUGUUUAUUAGUAAUAGUAAUUUGUAGUUUUCUAACUAAAUAUUAUAUAACUAUUAAUAUUUUUAAGAGAUAAAGUUAGAUAAUUUGUGAGGUUUUGUGAAGAUAAUGUAUAUUAAGCGAGUAAAAGCGCGGGGGUCUGCUAAUUAUUAAUAUUAGGUAGUUUCGCAUAUUUUGUCAGCUAGAAUUACCCGGAUUCGUUAAAAUUCUACAAGAUUUAUUAAUUAAAGCAUAGGUUACAUGUUAUAUACGUAAUAAUUAUGUAAUUACAUUUUAUAUCCAAAUAUUAACUUUCAUGCUUAUACCGAACACAUUAUAAAUGAUAAUUAUAUUAUUAUUGAUCAGUGAUCUUAAAUUAUUAGAUAUGGCACUAGCACGACGAAACUGAGGCGAAUAAAGUACCCAAUUGACUUCAUUUCAUUAUUAGUCGCAUAGUAAAGAACGAAUGUUAUUUGAGUAACAAAAUUACAAUAUCUACAAUGCCGAGUUGUCUGUUCAGGAAGUGUAAAAACUAUGUAUAGAAAAUAGUCCUCAACACCCUGUAUAUAUACAUAAAUAUAUAAUGAAAGUAAACACAAAAUUUAGCAUGUGUGCGCCCAGUGGAGUAGCUAACACUUUAUAAGCCUUUGGAACACUUUUUGAGGUGAUUUUAUAGGCACGUAACGUAUCUAAUAGUAUAAUACCAUUGCUUACGAUUGUAUUAUCUAACUAGAUUUAGUAUUAUAUAAAACGAAAUCCUGCGACUGAUUUCAUACGUUUCAUCGAGUUGAAGAAAUUAAUAAAUAAACAUUUUUAGAUAUUCAAUGCACCAGCACCACUAUUGGUCAAUUAAUUUAACUACAUAUUUUGCUGUGUAUAUUAAUGAUUAAAAUUAACAAUUGUUAAACUUAAUGGAAAAUAAAAAAGAAUAUUGUACAGGUAUACAAUUUAUACAAAAAGUCUCAAGUCUUAUAAAAAUGUUUAACGUAAGUUAAUGUUAAAUUAUAAUCAGAUUUAUACACUUAAUUAAUUUAUCUAUAAGAGAACGUGUUAUUGAUUAGGAAUAACUUGAAUAAACUUUACAGCGUGGCUGAGUUUUCUUUAAUUUUAAUGAAUAAUUGUGUUUGUUCUUGUUGUACUGUUGCUAUUCAUACAUCAAAAGCUUAUCCCUUUUAUAAGUUAUAAUUUAAAAAAUAUUUAGAAUAGGUAGGUAUGUAUUUUGGUUCCAAUUACACUGUUUAAUUUAUUAUUUAUUUAUCAAAAAUACAUAGUUAACGAUAAAAGGUAAAUUGUGCGGAUAACCACAAAAAUCACAACGAUUUGACGUUGGUCCAUCUGCAUUUAAAUUUAAAAAACAACUUUUAAUUUAUAAUAUAUUGUAUAAGGUCACAACUUCAUUAAUACACUAAAUUAAAUUAGGCAAGGACUUAUUAAUAUCUUACUCGUCUGUCAUAUUCAUACUUUUUUUUUCUUUAUAAUUAUGUACGAAUGAUAAUUUGUAAAAGCUCUUUAAAGUCCAUUUGUUGGGCGGCAAAACAAUAAUUCAUACUUAUUAACUUAUGUAAAAUACCGUUUCAAUUUUCUUUUAAUAAUAAAAUGUUAAAAUACAUAAUUAUUAUAUUAAAAUUGCCUUUCCAGUUCGAAGCUUUUGGCUUUCUGGUUUAAGCCGGCUAAGCCGAUUAAUGGAGCUCCGAUAUAAAAUUAUUUGGAAAAUGUUUUUGAAAUAUCUCUUACUAUUGCGGUGUUACGAAUAAACAUAAGUAAGUGAAGUGUAAUACUUUAUAAGCUUCUUACGCAUGUUAUAUUUAUUAACACGUAUUUUAGGUUUAUGUAUCAUCGGUGUUGAGAAGUAUUUGUAAAAGAAAUUGAUUAUGAAUAGCAAUCAAAUUAAAUUGUAUCUAUAAAGCCGGAUUUAUAUUUUUCUGACGUGUCGUGUCGUGACGCGUCAGAACAGAAUCGGUAUCAUACAUUUUGUAUGGUAACGUUUACACUUAUGUGUUGUGACAUGUCGUGAUGGCUUCUGAUGCGUCAUAUACAUAAUGUAUGAAACUGAUUCUGUUCUAUGUGCCUAGUGGGAGUUUUCAAUAUUUUCAUACUGUUACUAUCACGUUGACGUAAACGCAAAUUUAUAUGGAAUUGAAACAGUUGUGCAGUAGUGCCACUAGAUGGCGGUGUUUCAAUUCCUUAGAUAUUCGCGUUUACGUUACGUGACAGUAACAGUAUCAAACUGCCACUAGGCCCUCUGAUGUGUUACAACACGACACUUCAGAGAAAUGUAAAUCCUCCUUAAAUGUUUAAUUUUCAUGUUAACGCUUUAAUUUUUGUUUUUGUCUUUUGUUUUUGUGUUUGAAUGUACAUUAAAUUGUAUCUUGUAUUGUAGCUUUGGUAUUGUAUUGUAUUGUAGCUUUAGUAUGUUACGGCUUAGAAUAGGAUCUGUAUCUAGUAUCAACGUCGAGCUGCUUUAAGCAAUCGACAUGUGUGCAAGUAUGUCUGACCACUUACUCGUGCUUAAUUAUAAAUGAAAGUAGGGGAAGAUAUAGAUUAGAUUUAUACAAAACGUAUUAAAUUCUAAGUGUACAUUUUAUUAUGUGCUGUGUAUCUAAACUGAUGAAAUAACUUUAAACCGAUAUGCAUAGCCAGACAUACCCUAUUUUAUGAAGAUUGAAAUUUUAUUAGCGCAUGCCUUUGUUGCUUGAGGGUCUGGAUCCUUGAAAUCUUCCAAAGCAAGUCCAGUACAAACUCCAUAAUUGGAUACAUACCUAGGAGCAUAGAAUGACAUAAUUUCAGCCAUCAAAAAAUGAUGUAUUGUCUGGCUAUAGCAAGAUCUCGGCCCACUUCUAUAGAUUGCUUUAUUCGUAACAGUAGAUUUCUAAGAGACAUUCUAUGUUGCAAUCUACUAACAAAGAGCGCAACAUACUUUUAUGGUGCGAGAUCAACAUAUCCAUAUUUUGCUUCCGUCUUUACUUAUGUACCUUUAGCAACUUGUCUUGGAAUCAUGUUACUUAUUUUAUAUGUUUAUUGUCAAUGUUAAUGGCCUCAAACUCAAAAGAUUAGCUUUUCCAUUGUUAGCUUCAAAAAAGCCUAUAUAAGUUUAUAAUAGUUUAAAAGAAAAAAUAUCUUACUGCACUUUUGAAACGUCAAGGUUGACUAUUUGUAAAGACUCUACCUCCGGUUCGGAAAGCAGGUUCAAUUGAGAAGAGCCGGUAAGAAAGUCAACAGUUGUAACAUACAGUAUAAUUUACUUUCAUAUACCUACUUAUGUUUGCAAGUUACAGCAGGUAAGGGCAAAUGCAAUUUAAUCUCGUGCGCGAUAGCACAGAUUCUCAGAAUAGAUACCAAUUUCGUUGUCGAUACCAAUUACGUAAUUGCAUAGGUAGUUAGGAUUGUGCUGGAUUUCUAGUAUUCUCCAGCCGCUACGACAUAUUAUCAUUAUCUCGAAGGAAAUCUAAGAAUUCUUGAUUCUAAAGUAAAUACGAGUUAUAGGAAUUAUAUAUGAUUUCAUAUAAUUGUAAAGCGGAUAUCGAUUAAGAGAAAAACAGUAUGUCAGAGCCCUUGACUUUUGAAGAAUUAUUUAUUGCUCUGUUUUCUUACUUCCAUCAAAAAUUUUGUCUGAGUAAUGGUGAGCGUUCAUUACGAAAAAGCUUACUGUUUUUGGCUUUGUCUAUAAAUAAAAAUAAUCUUUCGAAGAUUGUUGACAUAUACCUAACUUUGAAAUGAAUAACUGCUAUUUCAUCCCAAUUUGAGCAUGCUUGCAAAAUAAUACCAUCAUAAUAUCAAAAGUAAAAUGUAUCGGCUUUUUUUUGAUUAUAAGUACUCGAAUUCUCAACCUCUAAUAUUAUCAAUUUUAUUACACUCGCACCUAGCCGCCAGAGUAAUGAAUUUUUAAACUUCAAAUUACUAUAUCUUAAACGAAUUAAAAUCGUUUAUUUACUUUAUUGGAAGACUCUGCUUAUCCAAUUUUAUUACUAUGAACUAUCUACGUUAUAUAAUAUGUAAAUAUUUAAACUAUUUUUUAAAGUUAUUAAGUAAGUAUAACUAAUCUACGACAGUCCAUACAAAACAUUCCAAUUAGUGUAGAUAAGAGAGUUAAAAUUAAGAAUUUAAUUAAAAUAGGAUUAAGAAAGAUUUAGAAAAUCUUAUUAGGCUAACUGUAAUAUCUGCUUUGAUAGUUCUGUUAGGGUAUUGUUAAUUUGGAGCAUUCUUAUUUUAAGAGUAUAAAAUACUUAUAAUAAUAAUAUGCUCCCGACCGACUUUUCGGUCACGGCGGCUAAUCUCAUGGUGAGAUUAACCAUGUACGCAGGAGAUAUUAUAGUGCACAAGUGUGUGCGCAAGCACAGGUGCACUCUCUCUUCCCUCACUCUCGAAAUCCGAUGGGACGGCAGACCGACACGACCGGUGAGAGAUCAGGCGCAGGACCGACGGCUUUACGUGCUCUCCGAGGCACGGGGGUGUACUAACACCGCCAACUUCCCAACUCCAGGCUGCUAUUAAGAUUUUCCUUGUAAGAAAAAUCCCAAUAACCUAUGUUGUAUAUUAAUUAUAUGAAUUACAAUGACAUCCGAAUUGUUGUGUCGAGACGCAUUUGUCCGUGUUUGUCGUAAUUACUAAAAUACAUGCAGGUUAAACUCGUUGGAAGUGGUUGAUUGAAUGUAUCUGAAUGACAAAUAUUAGUGAGCUUUGAGUUGUUCUUACUGUCAAAGUUUGCACUCGAUUUGUUUACCCUGACUUGACUGAGACUGAGUCAGAAAAUCUAUCAGUAGGUAUAAUACGAUGAUACAAAUCUCAAAAUUAUUUUUGCAAAUAUAUCGAAAUCUUGAAUCUUGAGCAUCUAUAUAAUUGCAUAUUUGAUUGUUUAUUAAUAAGUAAAUAAAAUUAAAUAUUGGAUACCUACAACUUUGCUCCCGGAGUAAUAUUUCAAACUUCGAAGAUAAUUAUUAUUAAAAACUAUCUAUUUAUUCGGUUUUUAUGAAAUGUAUAUAUCUGGCUACUAAUUUUCCAUUAAUUGGUAAUGUUCUACCGAGAACUGUGGUGUCACCAAAUUCAGGGCAACAGCCGAAAACUAGCGCUGCGUGCUCCAGCAUUUGCUUGGUGUGCAUAAAGCUUAGCACCGAGUAUUUUUUUAUACACCCACGACGCUACGGAGAGGGAAGGUAUAUGUGGUGUGAGAGGUUGUUCGUACAAACCAAUGUCGCCACUUUUCUACAAAACUACUAGUCCGACUUUGAUGUUAUAAUAUGAAUAAUAGAUAAUAUUAAAUGUCUUUAUUUCGACGACUACUCACCGCUUACACCAUUUAUUAUUUACGAGCCAAGUUGUACACCUUCAUAACUAACGUAAAAUUUUAAAAUAAUAUUCAAAACAGUCCAAGAUUUAUAAUAAAUAAAACAAAAUCUGUUAUUAAUUAUUAGCUUAUUAUCUAUGUUGGUACGAGGUACAAAAUACUAAUACUAAAUCUAAAAUUAAUUUGAAUAUCUGACCCUACUUACUGAUGCACCGUGCCUCAAUAUGUGGCAGUUGAAUUGUCAACAACCACCCUCAGGAGGGUGUGGGUGCUCCCCCUUACCCUGUUCGUCAGCGAUGUAAUUCGUUUGCGUAUGACUGUAGAAGAUCUGUCUAUUCCUCCAUACGCAAACAUAACUGAGAUAGCUUAAAAUACUAUUCAUACAAAAGAUACAACGUUUUAACUUCAAUGAUAGUUUCAUCUUUGGAGGCAACAUCAUCUGAUUAUUAAAACAACUUAUUGAAAUAUGAUUUCAAUGUCGGAACUGAAAAGUAAAAAUCUAGGAAUUAGCGGCCUUUAACCCUUCUUUUGAAAAUUAUGUAACGUCCGUAGUUUUUUGACCCGAUCUGUGAUUUAUUCAUAAAAACACAAUAUUAUAAUUAGUUCGAGCACUGGGAAUGGGCAUUUCAAAUAUAAAAUCAUAAUUAUCAUCAGUCAUAUUUUACAGAAAUUUAAACAUUGUUAACUAGAGUGAAAAUAAUUAAAUUACUAAUAAUAAAAUCAGAUUAUCGUAUAUUGACGAUUAUACAGCAUGUUAUUUUGGAAGUAACCAGUGAUGCGUUAACUUAAAUCGAGGUUAAAAUUGAAUGUAGGUAUUACAUUUUUUUGUGUAUGGUGUAAUUGCCGAGUUGUUUAUUUGAAGAUUGAUUUAGGUAAUUUUUUUUUUAUACAGCGUGAUUUUUCGAAAUAUUGAAUAUAAUGUCUAUAUAUUAUAUAAAUGAAUCCAUAUACCCUUUGGUCACGCCAUCACACGUGAACGGCUAGAGCGGUUUCACUAUUUUUUUAUGUCUUUGUUAUUGUCAGAAGAAGGUUCUUAUGACAGAAAAAAAUAAUAAAUUAAAGGGGUAGGGUACGGGUAGGAUAGGGGUAUGGUAGGGGUAGGGUACGGGUAGGAUAGGGGUAUGGUAGGGGUAGGGUACGGGUAGGAUAGGGGUAUGGUAGGGGUAGGGUAGGGGUCGGGUAAGUUAGGGGUGGGGUAUUGGUAGUUGAAAGUUUACAUCGAGUUUCACGCGGACAAAGACGCGGGCGUCCGGUAGUAAUAUAAUAAAAAAUAAAAUAAGUAUCGGUCUACCGCGGUGAAAGAUUAAAAACAAGAUUUCUUGAAGUUAUGUCUUAUAUCAUCAAGCGAAAAUUAAUAUUUUUUUUUAAUAAUGUAGGUAGGUUAUUAAUAUUUUUAUUUACGAGUAUUAUUAUAUAUCUUGAUGUAAGUUAUAGUUUAAUUAUAUCUGCGGCAACAGUAUACUUAAAAAGCUUUAGAAAUGCAUUUUGCGUAUUAUUUUUUCAUAUUAUUAAUUUUAGUAAUUUAAUUAAUUUUCUAAAUAUCAUAGAUCUGAGUAAUGCGUUUGACGAUUUCUUAGAUAAAGUUUUCCUUAAUAUGCAAAUAUUUUACUUUAUUCAGCUUUAACAGCUGGCCUAUUCCCAUAAUUUGGUCUUUAUUAUCAACCUAUUAAAAUAAAAUAAUAUAAGUGAAGCCGGAUUUAUAUUUGUCUGACGUGUCGUGUUGAGCACAGAAUCGGUGUCCAUACAUUUUGUUUGCGGACCAUCACAAGCCAUCACGAAAUGUCACAACACCUAUUGUAAACGUUGCCAUAUAAAAUCCAUGAUACCGAUUCUGUUCUGAUGCAUUGCAACACGACACAUCAGAUAAAUAGAAAUUACUGAAAUAUAAUAUUCGUUCGACUAUAAUAUUUAUAUAAUAACAAUAAAAAAAAUGUUUGUAUUGACGAAAAAAGCGCAUUAUAGUUAAUUUGCAUGCAUUAAAAAUAAAUACGUUUAUGAUAAUGAUUAAAAGAGUUUAGGCACUUUAGGUUUAAAUCUUAACAACCAUCUUAUUAUAUAUUAAUAAUAAUAACAGUAGGUAAUUGUAGACAUAAAUUUUAGAACUGUAGUCAUUGUACAUAACGUGAGCCCUCAGGUGAUCCGUCCAAUUCAUAUAGUUGUAAAAUGUAUAAGAAUUUGUAUUAAUAAUUAUUAGAAUUAAUAUAAUUAAACCUAGUGUAACAUUCUAAUAUAUAAAAUUGCGAAUUUUGAUAUAAUUAAAUUUUAUAAAUUUUGACUUGUGGUUCAGUUCAAACGAAUUUUAUUGUUGAUACACAAAGAAUUUUGAAUUUAAUAUUAGUAAUUGUUACUGUAAAUUAGAUAAAAUAAAAUAAAUAUAAUACA